GGGGAUGGGGGAAGUGAAAGUGUCCGCCUGCAUAAAUAGCCAGCACACCAGUCCCAGCCCACACACGGACCCCCAACUUGGAGCUGAACCUCGCCCACAGCUCGGGCCUCAUCCUCACCCUCUACCACAGUCAUGGCUCAGUCGCUGGCUCUGAUCCUCUUUGUACUGCUCCUGGCCUUCUGCAUCCCCCGGACCCAAGGCAGUGACGGAGGGGCACAGGACUGUUGUCUCAAGUACAGCCAGAGGGAGAUCCCCGCCAAGGUUGUCCGUGGCUACCGGAAGCAGGAGCCAAGCCUGGGCUGCCCCAUCCCAGCUAUCCUGUUCUCACCUCGGAAGGACUCUCAGCCAGAGCUGUGUGCAGACCCUAAGGAGGCCUGGGUGCAGCAGCUGAUGCAGCGUCUGGACAAGCCACCAGCCCCACGGAAACCAGCCCAGGGCUGCAAGAAGGACAAGGGAGCCCCCAAGUCCGGCAAGAAGGGAAAGGGCUCCAAAGGCUGUAAGAGGACCAAGACCCCAAAACAGCCAUAGCCCAGUGACCAGCCUGGAGCCCAGGAGGCCCCACCAGCCUCACCAGGGCUUGGAGCCCCAAUCCAAGGGGCAAGAAGCGGGCUGGAAGAAAGGGAGGACUCAGGGCCCCAGAGCAGCCACCUGUGUGGGCCUUGCCUCACCCCUUCUCCUGCUCCAACCUCCCCCCUGUAUUCCCAGCCCUACCCUGCACGGCUGAGCUACCCACACCGGGCCAGGCCCAGAGAGGGAGAGGUGGGAGAGUCUCCCAGGAAGUGUGAG